AAUCACUCAAUCUAAUGGCUUCUUCAUUUUCCAUUAAUUCUAUCUGUUUAAGUCUUGAUGACCAGAGUAGCAAAACUCUCACUACUACAACACUCUCAUCAUUCUUUGCAAAACCUUAUUCUCCGCGUUUGUUGAAGAGAAGGCGUAGUCAAAGUUUCCACGUCUCAUGCAAUGCUAAUGAGCACGACCAAAAUAUUAAAGCAAAUAUCGAUAGGAGAAAUGUGCUUCUUGGUUUAGGAGGGCUCUAUAGUGCUUCCAAUCUUGCACCAUUAGCCUUUGCUUCUCCUAUACCGCCGCCUGAUCUGAAAUCAUGUAGUAAAGCCACAAAAACGGGGAGUAAAGAUCUAGUAGAAUAUAGUUGUUGCCCUCCUACACCAAAGGACUUGAACAACAUUCCAUAUUACAAUCUUCCUCCCAUGUCUAAGCUCCGUAAACGUCCUGUUGCUCAAGACGUGACUAAGGAAUAUAUUGCUAAGUACCAAUUGGCAACUAAAAGAAUGAAGGAACUAGACAAAGACGAUCCUCGUUCAUUCAUGCAACAAGCCAACAUUCAUUGUGCUUAUUGCAAUGGUGCUUACAAAUUCGGUGAUGAAGUUUUACAAGUUCAUCAAUCAUGGCUUUUCUUUCCGUUCCAUAGAUGGUACUUAUAUUUCUACGAGAGAAUAUUGGGAAAACUCAUCAAUGAUCCAACUUUCGCUUUACCUUAUUGGAAUUGGGACCAUCCAAAAGGUAUGCGUUUACCUCCCAUGUUCGAUCGUGAAAAUACUCCCCUUUAUGAUGCAAGACGUAAUCCACACGUCCGUAAUGGAACCAUAAUCGAUUUUAGUUCUCCUAGAGACGAAGUUACUACUGAUGUUGGACAAACGGUGACUAACAACUUAACGUUAAUGUACCGUUCAAUGAUAACUAAUGCUGCAUGCCCUUUGCAAUUCUUUGGUGCUCGUUACGUCCUUGGGGAUAACGAUUCCAAAGGUCAGGGAACUAUUGAAAACAUCCCUCAUACUCCGGUCCACAUUUGGGCUGGUACUGUAAGAAAUACGGAUUUGGGUGGUGGUAAACUGUCAUUAGGUGAAGAUAUGGGUAAUUUCUACUCAGCCGCUUUAGACCCGGUUUUCUAUUGCCACCACGCCAAUGUGGACCGUAUGUGGAAAGUAUGGAAUGGAUUAGGCGGGAAAAGAAGGGAUAUCAUAGAUACAGAUUGGUUGAACUCUGAAUUCUUUUUCUAUGAUGAAAACAAAAACCCUUACCGUGUGAGGGUAGGAGACUGUUUGGAUACGAAGAAGAUGGGUUAUGAUUACGCGCCAGCAGCCAUCCCAUGGAUCAACUGUAGGCCAACAAGAAAGGGACGAGAAGGAAAAGUGGAUGUAACAAACAUCAAGCCAGCAAACAAAGUAUUCCCAAUUGCUAAUCUCAACAAACCCAUUUCGUUUUCCAUCAAUAGGCCGAAUACGUCAAGGAGUCAAAAGGAUAAAGACGAAAAAGAAGAGGUGCUAAUAUUCAAGGGUUUAAAGUAUGAUACUAGCAAAUAUAUAAGAUUUGAUGUGUUCCUGAACGAGGAUGAAGAUGUGAAUACAGAUGAACUUGAUAAGGUGGAGUUCGCGGGGAGCUAUGUCAACUUGCCUCACGUUCAUGCACAUAAUAAGAAAAAUGAUUCUGAUGAGAUGUUUCAGCUAGGCAUUACUGAACUGUUAGAGGACAUUGAACUGGAAGAUGACGAUACCAUUACGGUAACUGUGGUUCCUAAAACGGGUGGAGAUGUGAUCUCCAUCCAAAGUGUGGCUAUUGAAUUGCUCGAUGGUUAAAUUAUUAAAUCAUUAAUGUUUGUUAGAAUAUCU